AUAUAAUUAGAUAUCGAAAGUUAUAAAAUGAUGGAUACAGGUUACGCAAAAACAGAUGCGGGUGAAAUUCGGAAGGCACAAUGGCGUACAAAAUCGGAGUUUUGCUGAUAUCUCUCUUCGUUGGGAGUUUAGCACUCCCUCAACCGCAAAUACCAAAGGACAUGUCCGUCUUCUUCGACCACACGGACACAAAUGCCCGUAUCGUGGGAGGCUCGCAAGCUGCAGAAGGCAGUGUACCCUACAUGGUCGCCAUGUCCCAGGGUCUACUAGUCAGGUCUUUUAUGUGCGGGGGCUCUGUUGUUGGCCCGAGGCUGGUGCUGACGGCCGCGCAUUGCAUUGAAUCUGCCUAUUCCCUUGGAAGACUAUCUACGUCUCUCCGCGUGACCGUGGGCACCAACCGCUGGAACCUCGGCGGGCAAACUUAUUCCCUGGAUCGCAACGUCACCCACCAGCACUAUGUGGAAGAACUCAUCAAGAACGAUAUCGGACUGCUCAUCACCACGACAGACAUCGUCUACUCGAGCACCGUAAGGCCUGUGGCGCUCUCGUUCGAACAAGUUGGCCCUGGAGUGCCUUCGAGGGUGGCUGGAUGGGGCAGGGUCAGGACAGGAGGAGCUAUCUCCACCUUACUGCUGGAGCUGUUGACUGAAACUAUCGAUGACCAGCUCUGUGUGGAAGCGACAAAGCUGGCAGCCAUAGAGUGGAAGGAACUGUACAACAUGGACGCUCCUGAAGUGGAUCCAGCCCUUGAAAUCUGCACCUUCCACUCCCACGGUCAUGGAACUUGCAAUGGUGACUCCGGCAGCGCCCUAGUCCGCACAGACACCCAACAGCAGAUUGGCGUCGUGUCUUGGGGCUUCCCUUGCGCCGCCGGCGCUCCAGACAUGUUUGUUCGAGUCAGCGCCUAUAGAGACUGGCUACUGUCCAACGGCGUUUAAACACAAGAAACUAUAUGAUCGUAAGGUUAAUAAAUUCAUUUAUAAUUA